AUGGAUGAGAAGGAAGAGAAAGAAAACUACAACAAUGUCAAGGGAAACACUGCCAUAGAGAACACUCAGAAGCAGAUCAAUAAUAUUGUAGCAGAGAUGAACCUGCUGAAGGAGAAUCAGGCUCUACAGACAGUUUGCCUGAGAGGGAAAAAGAACCGUUGUCUUGCUGACUUGGUGAAGAACUACCACACAGCCAGCGAGGACGGCACACUCACAAUGCCCCUCAGCGACACUGAGAACCAGCACCUCACUGAGUAUGUCUGGGAGAGCAUGGGCCCUGAUGCCCAGAUCUGACUGGGUGUUAAUGACAUGCAAGCAGAAGAUGUCUGGGUUGAUCCGACUGGGUCCACCGUAUGCUUCAAGAACUGGGACACCUCGGUGCAUUCUUCACAACCUGACGGAGGAAUCUCCGAAAAGUGUGCGAUCGUCUCCAGCACGUAUGGAGGUAAAUAGAUGGACGAGAACUGUCGCAUGGAGAGAGCAUCUAUCUGCGAGUUCAAUAUAGUCUGA